GGCUCUCAUCGCUUCUCUCAGACUGGAAUCCAUUGAACUCCUUCUAUUACCGUGCAAUGGAUCAACUAAAGAAAACUUUCGCCCGGUGUGCGCAGGAGGGCCGGCCAGCCCUUGUGACCUAUGUCACGGCUGGCUUCCCUACGGCAGCAGAGACUCCAGACAUUAUGCUUGCAAUGCAGGCUGGAGGAGCAGGUAUGCAAUACUUCCUAGCUUGUAUAAGUGACAACGUCCGCUGGUGUGCUAAUGAUGUGGUAGAUGUCAUUGAACUCGGUCUCCCUUUCACGGAUCCUAUUGCCGACGGCCCUACCAUUCAAAUGUCAAACCUUAAGACGCUCGAUAACGGUGUCACCAUAUCCUCUAUGUUGCAAAUGGUUAAGGAUGCCCGUCAAAAAGGUCUGCACGUUCCCGUUCUCUUCAUGGGUUACUAUAACCCGAUUAUGCGUUAUGGGGAAUCCGAGCUCCUCGCUGCGAGCAGGACAGCGGGGGUGGAUGGCUUCAUCAUUGUCGAUCUACCGCCCGAGGAAGCUGUUCGAUUCCGGAACCAGUGUAGAGAUGCUGGGUUAGUUACCUCUCUAAUACCAAUUGUUGAGGCAACAUGGCAUUGCUUGACCAUCCACUGACACGUAUCCUUUGGGCAGUCUUUCCUACGUCCCAUUGAUAGCACCGUCGACCACAGAGGACCGGAUGAAAACUCUCUGCGGAAUUGCCGAUUCCUUUAUAUAUCUUGUGUCCAGAAUGGGUGUCACUGGUGUCACUGGCACUCUGAGCCACG